AUGUUGACAGCCACGUCCAUCACCUCGAGCAGUACCGAGACCCACGGCACGCUCAAGUUGCGACCAUCAGCCGAUCAAGAUUCACCCGCAACUUCAGGAUUCCCCAUUACCACUGAUCUGACGUCUUCACCGUUCUAUGACGUACAAACUGGCCCGACCCGCGUGGUCUUACCGACAUUCACGUCGUUGGAGGAGGAAAGAAGGUAUCGGAAGGAGCACUUGGCUUUAGUAUUUAGGAUAUUACAUCGGUUCAAGCUCGCUGAGGGUAUUGCUGGUCAUUGCAGUGUCAGAGACCCGAUUGAGCCUGAUACUUUUUGGGUCAAUCCUCAGGGCAAAUCUUUCGCUCUGAUGAAACAGUCGGAUUUGGUCAGAUGUUCCGCCGAAGACGGCCAUAUGGUGGAAGGUGUAGCACCCACCGACGCUUCAGCUAGCUCGAUUCACUCGCAGUUGUACAAGUCGCUUGGUCGGGGACCAGAAGGCAUAGAAGCUAUCGUGCAUGUUCAUGGUCCUCACACCAAAGCGUUCUCUUCAUUGGGACGUACGCUGGAUAUGAUCAGUCAAGACGCGUGCGCUUAUCAUGAUGAGCAGGUUCUGGUUUCUUUUGGAGGCGCCGUGUUCGACAACAAAGAGGGUGAGAGGAUCGCUUCAGCAGUCGGAAAGGACAAGAAAAUCGCCAUCUUGCAGAAUCACGGUAUAAUAUCGCUGGGAAGGUUGAGCAUAGAUGAAGCAGCUUGGUGGCAAAUCAACUUCGAAAUGUGCUGUCAAGCUCAACUUCUUGCGGACGCUGCUCGCAGACCCACAGAUCCAGUAGUCGAAGCUGGUCCGGAAGAAAUAGCAUCCACAAAGCGGGAGAUGGGUAGCUCUGAAAUGGGUUGGUUUUCGCUUGCUGCGUACGUAGAAGAGGAGGAGUAUCACUCGGGUGGACGUCAUAGGUUAUAG